ACAAAUCCGAGUGUGCCUACAUCCGGCUGCAACUCGCAGCAUGUUCAACAAUAUCUUCUCUUCUGCUGCACGCACCAGCGCGACGUUUAACGGUUCACCCUUGUUGAGUUAGUUAUUCAAUGCAUUUUUAUUUUUUUUGCAAAAGUGUCCCCCUGUAGCUUUUAAGUAUGCAACCCUUUUGCAAAUGACAUCGAACGAGGUCAUGUCUAAUCACACACGUUACCUCAUCUUUUUCCAAUACAUUGGAACUAAAUACAGUGGUGCAGUCAAAGUGCCUCCACAUCAACUGGAGAGAAAAGGGGUCCAAGAUCACUUGGAGAAUGCAUUAAGAAGACUGAGGCCACUCAACCCAGUGUCUGUGUCCAUUUCCAGCAGGACAGAUAGUGGCGUCCACGCUCUCUCUAACUCUGCUCACUUUGAUUUCCAACGCAAGAACGACAAGCCGCCAUUUACUGAGGACAUUUUAAUUGAGGCGCUCAAUUACCACCUCAAACCAGAGCAAAUUAGCGUCACCCGCGCCUAUCGCGUGCCAGAUGACUUCCACGCCCGUUUUCGAGCCCUCUCCCGGACGUAUGUCUACCGCAUCGCCCUGGGUAUUUCCCAUCCCUCUCAGCUUCCCCUGGUUGAACGCGACAUGUGCUGGAAUCUCCGCCACACCGAGCUCGAUAUGGAAGCAAUGAGCGAAGCGGCCACCAUGUUGAUGGGAACUCACGACUUCGGCAGCUUCAGGGCAGUCAACUCCGACAUGCCUUUCAAAAACCCUGUAAAGACGCUGGAUGUCGCCAGCAUACAGCCUGGGAGAGCAUUUGCAUGUGAGCACUUCCACAGAGAGAUUCCAUUUUGGGAGUUGACUUUUCAAAGCAAAUCUUUUCUAUACAAGCAGGUGCGCAGAAUGACGGGGGCCCUCGUGGCCGUGGGCCAGGGAAGGAUCUCACUCACCGAGCUGAAAGACAUCAUGGAGGCUCGGGACACUCUGGCUUAUCCACCGAAUCUCGUUGCUCCACCCCGUGGCCUCUUCCUCACCAGGGUGGACUACAACAAGUCGGAUCUGCUGCUCUCACCAAAAACCUCAACUGAAGUUUUGAUGAGUGAUGCACAAACUCCAAACUGAACAUCCAUUUAAUAAAGUUUUUAUUUAAGCCUC